CGUGAGCCGAGCCCGAUGGAGCUGUUUGUGGAGACGCACGUGCGGAGUCAAGACCGCCAGAAGGGGGCGCAACAGUUCGUUGAUAACCGUGCUCAGCAUUUCGUGGAGACCUAUAAUAAUCGGUUGAGGGAGAGAUACGGGGACGAUACUUUGACCCAUCCGGAAUUCGAUCCGGAUUUGUGGAUGGAGGUUGGCUCGUCAGGUGGACCCGAUAAAAAUCGGGUUUACGGGCUCUCCAACACUACGGCCGACAACUUGCGGUCGACCCGUAGUGUUUCAACCGUUGGGAGCUCCCAAUCAAUAGCGAGCUCCCAAUCUAAGGAGUUCGUGGCUUUGCAGCAACUCAACGAGAAAUACGACAACCUACAAGCGGAGUACGCACAACUCAAAGCGUCUCAUGCACAACAAAGAGCGGAGUCUGAGCAAUUCAAAGCGUCUCAAGCACAACAAAAAGCGGAGUAUGAAGCGGCUCAUGAACAGCAAAAAGCAGAAAAAAUAGAGAGACAUCCAUCUACACUUCUAAGGCCACCAUCAUCAUUCCGUGGAACUCGAUUCCAAAUUGUUUGCACGUCAUCACCAAAAUAA